GGACCCACAGAAGACCCCGAAAGCACAAUGCUCCCAGACCUCUCAAAAUAUAUCAUCAAAGAUGGAGACCAUCCUGUUGCUCGUGGCGGAUUUGCGGAGAUCUGGAAAUGCACCUUGUGCAAAGAUCGUAGCUCGAUCAAAGUCGCCGUGAAAGCAUUGCAGGUGUACGCUGAUGAUCGACUUGGGCCAGCGAAGACUAAAAAGACUCAGGCGAGUGUCUCACCGAAAGAUCGAAGGAUUAUGCGUGAACUGAGGAUAUGCGCCAAGCUCAACCAUCCAAAUAUUCUCCGUAUUUGGGGUUAUGCGUAUGGCUUCGGGCCGCUUCCAGCGAUAGUCAGUAUUUGGGCGGAGAAUGGUAACUUGACGGCCUAUUUGGGGCGUCAAGGUGCGACUCUGACUCUUGUUCAACGAUUCCAACUGCUAGGGGAUAUCAUAGUCGGUCUGCGUUAUCUCCACGCUAACAAUGUCAUCCACGGCGAUUUCAAUGGGUAUGAGCUCCAGCCUAACGUGUUGAUCCAUGGUGAUGGCACUGCGUGUAUUGCUGACUUUGGCCUUUCCUUGAUGUACUCCGAGUUCAUAAGCGCCUCUCAGGCUUCCUACACGUCCACGCUCAAAGGAAACAUACGAUGGAUGGCUCCUGAGCUGCUCAUAGAGCGGGAGGAUGACUCUCAAGUUCGACCAAGCAAACAGAGCGACAUGUAUUCAUUCGGUGGUGUCAUGCUACAGGUCUUCACCAACAAAAUACCCUAUUAUCACCUCACGAAAGAUGCCGCCAUCAUACUCUGCAUAGCCGAGUCACAAACGCCUUCUCAAUCUCAUUAUCCUGAGCUCCCUGAGCAAUACUGGCCAUUUAUCGAGCAAUUUUGGUCUAGUGAUCCUUGGGGCCGUCCCUCGGCGGAGUGGGCUGACGAAGCGAUCAGGGAUGAAUUUUACUCGCUCGUUGAUUAUUCAUCCCAAAAUUUGUUUACAAUACAGCCAGAUAAAUAGAUCUAAGUACUCAUGUAGGCUCAUUCCAUGGUCUCUCUUGUGGUAUUGACGUACUUGUGUUACGAUGAGGAACAUUGGUUGUAGGAUUAUCAGAGUCCGGAGAAUCACAGUCGAUGAUCGUGUUGAC